GAUCCCCCAGGACAUUCGCUCAAGUCAGCGUUCUACCGUUUGAGGAAUAUGUGAUUGUUUUGGCCGGUCAGUAGCUUGAAUGUGUGCCUGCCUCACAGUCCUUUCGGGGAAGUGCAUCACUCCCAGCUCACCCGGAUGAUGGACAGGAAUUACCCGACUUCUAGCUUCACAGACCCGCUGGCCUCACCAGCACAGACCGCAGUCUGGGCCUACGAGCGUAGCACCGCAUGCAUCAAGCCAAGUUCCAGUUAUGGUGCAACACACCUGGAGUCAGAGCUUCUCCAGCGACAGACUUAUGCCUCCAACCAUCAGCAUCCCACAUACUCAACAACGCACCACUCUGCUGGUCUGACUGGAGUCUUUGAUACCAGUUUGCAUAGCGCUGGCAGCAACACUACCGAAUCAUCUGUCACAAACUUCUUCUCUGCCAUUGAUACCCGAGGCCUUCAGGCUGGACCUGCAGCCACUUCUCUUCUCCCACAGUUCAGGACACCUUCAUGGCAGACGGGCACAAACUCCUCAUCCACGGAAUUGUUUCUCACUGGAGCUCUGCCAUCAUCUGGAACCUUUUCCACCCCUGCUACUCUUUCAUCUUAUCAGCACCACAACGCCUUCUCUACACGGAGUUUCACCACCACAGCAGUAGCUGUUCAGGAUGCCACCUAUACCACAUCCAAUGGUUUGCUUUCCCCUCAUGAUCCACUGCUGUCGAUAAAGUCUUCCCAGGGGACUGUGCCAACUGCUCUUGCCUUUGACCGCCUUGGUAACACUUCCUUGAGUGCCAGCCUUCCACCACAGUCCUCCACAUAUCGCUCUGCCCAGGAGUCUGCCCCGCACCUCUUGCAGCCUCAAUUUAGCCUGUUGCCCACAGCCUUGGGAAACUCACAGCAGGUGGCUCAGCCUUAUGGUGCCUCAGUCUUCUCAGGCUCCAUUGAAAGAACUCUUCAACGUGAAUGUAGUGUGAUCAAGCACCACCAGAGGCCUUCCAGCACCCAGUCAGUCCAAGAACAGCUGCCUGGCAGUGCUCAGCACUCCCUGCAGGGCUACAUGUCUGGUGACAGCGAUGUUGCUUUCCAGCAUGACCCUUCACGACAGACACCUGUGCCCUGUAGCCCUGCAGGAGAUUCUGCUCACACAGUUAAUGGUAAUGAUCAACAGAAGGCAGUGUCUCAAGCAGCACUGCAACAAACUCAGGCCUAUUCCUCCUCUGUCCCCUCCCCUGUGUUUUCCUCCUCGUCUGGAGUGAAAGCCAAAGACUGUUCUUCCAAAAUCACUCAGCAGUCCAAUGAGAGUGUAGAGCCCCAUAGUCAGUCUGAUUCCCCCGACCGGCAGCAGCAGAACUACCCUUCCUCAGUUAAAAAACAAAGCUCAGUGAUUGCUAGCCAGUCACAGCCAUACACAUCAGUGCAGCUUCCUAGUCUGAUAUCUAUCAGCCAGUCUCAGACCUACAUCACUUCCCAAAGCCUGCCAAUUGGUAUCAGCCAGUCACAGACUCUCUCCAGCAAUCAUCCAGAGAAACUGCCUUCUAUAUACAAGACCCUGUCCUCAUUUUCUAGCCAGUCGGAGAGCGUGACAUCUGUAAGCCAGUCCCUGAAUUACUCUUCCGGUCAGCAGCAGGGGUUAUCCUCGUCAGCAAACAGUGAACAGUAUGGAGCUGAGGUGGAGGAACUUUGCUUGGGCACCCCCUCUCAAAAUUACUCUUCCACCCAUCCUCAGGGGCUACCCACUGUGAGCUAUUAUGCUCAAGGGCUGGCAUCUGCCAUGCACACCCAGAGCUAUGCGUCAGAACAAUCCCUUACCCCCAGUCCCUCCUUUUCUUCCACUCGCUCUCACGGUUUACUAACAUCCAAUUCAACCCAAGAUUACAUGUUGAUGCAGCCCUCUGAGAGCAAAAAUGAUGUGCUGUUGCAACAACCACAAAAGUGCUUUCUGCCUGUUCAUUCACCACCAUCUUCCACUGCCUCUCAUGCUCAAGCCUUACAUAACAACCAGUCCUCAGUAGAGUUAAAAACAGUUUAUGGGAAAGGGAAGCUGGAUGAGAGUGUGUUUCUCACCUCUAAAGAUGGUGUUGGAGUGCUUCCCAUCCAGAAUGUGCAGGCACUACAGCAGACGUCUCUGGUGACUCCAACACAGAUUCCUUCAGGUAGUGAGUUAGGGCCACAGAGCAACGUUGUGUAUGUUGUUGCCAAGAUGGAGGACCGACAUAACACUCAAAGCGUGAUCCGGAGCAACUCCCGCUCUGAAGAUCAGAUCUUGGGCCUUGCACCUAUAACAUCCAUUAAGGAUGAGAGGAUGGGUUCACUGAACCAACAUGGGCAACUUGUAACCUGUGCCAACAAUCAGGCAACCCCUGAUCCUAAAAAAUCUGUAUUAAUACAGGCUUCCCAUUUGCCACUGAGCUCUGAUGAGCUUAAACAACAUCCCUUGCUGCUCAAAGCAACAAGCAGCACUCAACAGCAAAACCACCCGACCCAGACCAUCAGAAUUCCGCAACCAGAUCCAGAUCAUGGUCAAGAAACUCGGGGCCAAACACAAUUCAUCCGAGUUCCUAGUGCCCAGGUUGUGCUGGAGCCCUCUCAGAUGGUCCUACUACAACAGCCUUUGCUCCAUACUGGACAGACCUCAUCUAAACCGGCAUCCCAAAUGCAGUCAUUACCAGUUCAGUACCUUCAGUCAAAAAACGAGAUGAUCAGUGCUAGUGUUAAUGGUGGACAGAAUCAGAAUCAGGUUGUUAAUCAACAAGGAUCUAGCACAACUGAGACUGGCAAGCAGCACAUGUCUCCAAAAGAUCAUUUUAGUCAGCUGAAUUUACAUGAUACAAAACACCACUUUGCCCUCAGCUCUAUAUGCUUCCCUGAAUCCAUGCUGCUAGCAGAUGAGAGAAACAUUCUGUCCAAUGUGGACGACAUCCUGGCUGCCACAGCAGCUGCCUGUGGAGUGACGCCACAAGAUUUUGUGAAAGCUACCUCCUCUGAGGGAGGGGCCCCAUUAACUGUCAAUCCUACAGACUCUAAGUGCCACCAUCAGUCAGCUGAGAACAGACAUGAAUCUCACAGUUUCCCCUCCCAACAUUCGAUCACUGCUAACUCACAGACCAUAACAUUGACACUAAAUGGAGAUCAGCUGACAACAGAUCUGCAGCGGUACCCUAAAGGAGCAGCUGGUGGGCACCAUGCAUUUACAAUGUCAAACUCUCAAACACAACAAGGGGUAAGCACCACUAUUAACAACUCUCAGCAACAGUUGACAGACAAAGAGGCAAACUGUCUUAAGAAUGUAAAAAUCAUUAACAAUGAGAAUGAAGAGAAAAAUCAUGCUAUAUCCAAAGGACAUUGUGAAAAUCAAAGCAACGGCUCUGGUCCAAAAUCCAGUGGUGGUGGCAUUAACAAUGACAUGGCCCUCUCUGACUUUAGCCUGGCUGGCCAGGAAUCAGAGCUCAUAAGCAAAGCCAGUUUGUUAAAGAGUAAGAGUCAGACCAGGGGAGCAAAAGGUAUUAAAAUAGAAGAAGGCCUGAUUGAUUGCCCCGGUGAAGGACUUCCCAAAAAGAAAGCCAGAUCAAAGGGAUCGUCCAAGCUACCUGCUGAGGAGGAGAAUAGUCAGUCCAGGUCUCAGAAGCGAAACAGUCAAGGAAAGCGGCAGAAUUCAAGAGGAAGUGAGACCGGCUCUUCAUCAACCUCUGAGGGUUGUCAUGAUGGCUACCAGCAGCAGGAGAGGAUGCGCCAGAAGAUACGGGAGGUUGAAGAGAAACAGCCAGAAGUCAAAACAGGAUUCAUUGGAUCCUUCCUGGACUUUCUCAAAUCUGGUCCAAAACAACAUUUUUCAUCUCUCCCAAUUAGAUCUCCCAAUCGGACACGAAAGCCCUCUGCCUCGUCUAAGAGACCUUCUGGCCCUCUGCCCAUGUCUUGUAAACUUCAGUCCACAUCAGCCACAUUGACACCUGAUACAAACUGUGUGAGCUCCUCAAAGCGCUUGGAGGAGGAGCUGCAAAAAAACCUAGAAACACUACCAUCAUUCUCCUCUGAUGAGGAUGAAUCUGUUGGGAGGAAUCAAGACCUUCAAAAGAGUAUCACCUCUGCUCUAUCUUCCUUAGAUGAGCCCAUGGACAAAAAACUGAAGCCAGGAAUCAUAAAGCAAGAGCCAUCUUCCAGUGCACAAUUAUCAGCCAUCAAGGUACAAGAGGAACAGAAGGCUACACAGAAGGAGCUGUCUGCACAGGAGUUGCUGAAGGAUGUGGCUCCGGACCAGUUGGCUGUGCAGCUCUCCACCGUAGCAAUCGAAGGCCUUACUGACGAGGAGUUGUCUGACAGUGGUGGCGAAGGCAUGUAUCGGGAAAGGGACGAAUUUGUGGUAAAAAAUGAGGACAUCGAAGGCCUAAAGAUAACAUUGAAAACCGGGGUAGAGCCACCAGCCAUCUGGAAGGUACAGAAAGCCCUGCUACAGAAAUUCAUACCUGAACUUAGGGAUGGGAAACGAGUGUUUUCAGCCACCAACAGUUACCUGGGAUACUUUGGGGAUGCUAAGACCAUGUACAGGAGAGUGUAUGUGAAAUUUCUGGACACUGUGAACAAACGGGAGUAUGUACGAGUCUGCAGCAGGAAACCAAGAUGCAAGCCAAUGCACUCCAUGAGAGGCUCCCAGGCAAAGGCCCUACUGGCCCAUAGGAUGGCUCCUUCUGUGUCUGACACUUCCACAUUCAAGCUUGGUGCCAACAAGCCCCUGUCCAGACCCAAGCCUAAACAGCAGAAGGCCAAGGCAGAGCCACCACCCAAGAAGAGAAAGAGGUGGAAAGAGGAGUUCUCAGCCUCACCCUCUGAUUCAUCUCUAGAGGCUGUGAGUGAAGAUGAUGAGUUUAUGCCUCCAGUCCCAUUUGCCACACGUUUCCUGAAUACCAGGACGAUGAAGGAGACCUUCCGGAGCUUUGUGGAGCUUUUGAUCAGUGUGGCUCUGGAUGCAGAUGUCAUGGUUGCUCUUGAGAGGGAGAAUGAUGAGUUGCUGCUCCCUCAUAUGAAGCGAGUGGAUGGAAUGAUUACUGAUAACAGGAGAAGAUUGCUUCCCAAACUGCGUAUGGGUCAGCUUUUCAAAAAUGCAUUGGACAGUUUUCCAGAAUUAUCUGUGGUGACAGAGUUGAAGACAGAUGGUGAGACACCUACCUUUAAAGUGCGAUUAAGUGGGAAGGCUUACAACAGGAAAACGAUGAAGCCCUCCAAAUCCCCCAACAAGCUGCCCCUGGAAUACACAGUGGACCAGCAGAAGACUCACUGGUUCUCUCUCUAUCAUUCUCUACAGCACUAUAAGUACCACACGUACUUGAUGUGUAUGGAAGAGAUUGCAUCGUUGCGUUCUCGGGGUGAGGACCUCGGCCAGGAGGAGACCGUGCAGACAUGCCUGGGCAAUAGGGCCUGGGUAGAGGGCCUGUUUGAUAGGUUUGGGGAACUGAUCACACAGGUGCAGCAAGCUUGCCUGUAACAAGUGUCAUGAAAGAUUGGAUGAGGAAGCCGCUGAUUCGCAAGCUUGAUGAAAGGACACGGCAGGCCCUUACAUAACCCCAAAUAUAAAGCACUAAUGGAGCAGGGAAUAAGGUUGAGACCUAGCACAGUGGGAAGAAGCUCUUAGUGAUUAUGGUGUCACAAGAGAGCACCAUAGAUUAACUGUUCUGAUAACCACAGAAUAUAUGGACUUACACUGUGGUUCUUAUAUAUAAACCAUGCUUUCUAUUCUAUGGUUUUAUAUUUGGCCAAACUGGCCACAGUUUUGAUUUUUUUUUUUUUACACACCUUUAUAUUUUUCUGAUCCGUUUUCUUUACAAUACAUAAUGGACCAGGACUGACAGCUAUGCUGCACAUACAAAACAACUUUGUAUGUGCUGUGUACCGAGUUGCAGUACAUACACUUCCAGUCAGACAGCAGAACCAUUAUUGCCUAACUGUGAGAAAUUUAGGUUGGGAACUAGCGGAAGUUUAUAUGUGCGUAGAUAUAUACACAUAAAUAUAUAUGUGAAAGAUCCAUUUUAACAAUGGAGCGCCAAAUUU